CCUCCUCUCCUGUUGGUGUCGCUCUUCCAGAACAGGCUUUAGUUUUUUUCCGUCUUUUUUGCAGUUUCGUGUUCAACAAAGUGCCGAUGUGGGCAAAGGAAAAAGAGGGAUAGCUGUUUGCUUUCUAUUUCUUUUAUAUAUACAUUGUAUUUUCUUAUUUCGGUCUUUUUAGCUAGUCUGUUAAAGUUUGACACAACCCGAACCAAAACCGAUUCAGACAUUUGUCGUUGCUGGGACGCUUUACGAGACGGGAGGAAUAUUUAUUUAUUUAUCUCUCCACUGAAAAGGCAUUUACUCGUCAAGCACAGGCGAAGGAAAUCAGAACUAAAGAGCUACAAAAACUACUCGGUUGGACCAAUAGACCCGAGGAAGACCACGGCACAGCCUCCACCAGCGCCACGGGAGUAGGGGCCCGAGAGGGAGCCUGCCAGGCCCUCGGCUUGAUGCACCCAGCCUGCCUAGCCUUAACCACAGUCCGGGAUGGGGGAAACGAAAAUUAUCUACCACCUCGACGACCAGGAGACGCCGUACCUGGUGAAACUGUCUGUCCCAGCAGACAGGGUCACUCUCGCAGACUUCAAAAAUGUCAUCAAGAAACCCAAUUACAAAUUUUUCUUCAAAUCGAUGGAUGAUGACUUCGGGGUGGUAAAAGAAGAAAUAUCGGAUGACAACGCAAAGUUGCCCUGUUUCAAUGGACGUGUGGUGUCAUGGCUGGUCUCUGGAGAUGGAGGCCAUACAGACACGGGCUCGGUUGCAGAUAGUUUGGAGCCGGCUCCACCUUUGGAGAGGACGGGGGGCAUUGGAGACUCGAGACCGCCUUCCUACCAUGGGAAAGCGGCAAGCGGGCGGGACAGUUUGGACAAUGACGCAGAGACUGGCUCCAUGGCGUCGCAAAGGAGAGAACGGGAGAGACCAAGACGGAAGCACACUAAUGACCACGGUGGGAGGCAGAAUGGGUACUCAUCACGGGCAGUGGGGCGCGGGGGUCCAGAGUACGACAGCUGUUCGUCCUUCAUGAGCAGCGAGCUGGAAUCCACUUCCUGUUUUGAUUCAGAGGAUGAUGAUGCAACCAGCAGGUUUAGUAGCUCAACUGAACAGAGUUCUUCACGUUUAAUGAGACGCCACCGCCGUCGCCGACGGAAACCCAAGGCUUCCAACAUGGACAGGUCUUCGUCAUUCAGCAGCAUCACGGACUCCACCAUGUCUCUUAACAUCAUCACUGUCACUCUCAACAUGGAAAAAUAUAACUUCUUGGGCAUCAGUAUUGUGGGUCAGAGUAAUGAGAGGGGAGAUGGAGGGAUCUACAUCGGCUCCAUCAUGAAGGGGGGAGCUGUGGCUGCAGAUGGACGCAUAGAGCCUGGGGACAUGCUGCUGCAGGUGAAUGAUAUUAACUUUGAGAACAUGAGCAAUGACGAUGCAGUGCGAGUACUGAGGGACAUAGUGCACAAACCUGGCCCAAUAACACUAACCGUUGCAAAGUGCUGGGAUCCAAAUCCUCGCGGCUGCUUUGCUUUGCCAAGAAGUGAGCCCAUUCGGCCCAUUGAUCCCGCUGCGUGGGUGUCCCACACAGCAGCCAUGACUGGAGUUUACCCCCCUUAUGGCAUGAGUCCUUCUAUGAGCACCGUCACCUCCACCAGCUCCUCCAUCAGCAGUUCAAUCCCAGAGACUGAGCGCUUCGAUGACUUUCACCUGUCCAUCCACAGUGAUAUGGCAACAGUUGCAAAGGCCAUGGCCUGUCCGGAGUCUGGCUUAGAGGUGCGAGACAGGAUGUGGCUCAAGAUAACAAUCGCCAACGCCUUCAUUGGUUCUGAUGUGGUCGACUGGCUCUUCCACCAUGUGGAAGGGUUUUCAGAUCGCCGCGAAGCUCGUAAAUAUGCCAGCAAUCUGCUGAAAGCUGGCUUCAUCCGCCACACUGUCAACAAGAUCACCUUCUCUGAACAAUGCUACUAUGUGUUCGGAGACCUCUGUGGCAAUAUGGCUCAUUUGUCUCUCCAUGACCAUGAUGGUUCCAGCGGUGGCGCCUCAGACCAAGACACUCUGCCCCCUUUACCCCAUCCUGGUGCAGCCCCGUGGCCAAUGGCUAUACCUUAUCAGUUCCCGAUCCCACAUCCUUAUGAUUUACCACAGCCCUUUCAUGGUGGACCAGGUGCUGGCAGUGCAGGGAGCCAGAACAGCGGAAGCAGUGGCUCCAACUGCAGCAAGAACGAAGGUCGAAAGUCUGGCGGCAGCGGCAGUGAAUCUGAGGUCCGGAGCCACAGAGCUCCAAGUGAGCGCUCGGUGGCUCCCCCUAGUGAGAGGAGCAUCCGCAGCUCUCUCAGCCAGCGCAGUGCCAACUCCCAUUUGGUGUCGUAUGGGCCUGGUCUUGUCUACGGCCCCCCUGGUUUGCCGCCUCAGCCUGCACAUCUGUCUACAGCUGCCCCCGGCGCCCCACAAGGCAGAGAGCUGGCCUCUGUGCCCCCCGAGCUCACUGCCUCACGCCAGUCUCUACGUAUGGCAGUGGGGAAUGCUGGAGAAUUCUUUGUGGAUGUGAUGUGAUCGUAGCCUUCUGUUGGAUAAAAGUAGUAGAUUGGACUUUAUCAAAUAACAAGGCUGAGAAGGACAGCAUGACAUCGGAGUGGGAGACAAAACAAGAUUUCUAAGUUGGAAACAAUGGCCUUGAUUCCACUUUCCUUUAUAGCAGUCCAUUUUUUUUGCAUGCCAAAAGAAAACGUUUCUCCUCAUUUGUGCUUCUCUUCUUAGUUAUAACCGCCAUACUUUCUUCAGUGAAGAAACACUCAUUUUAACCACAGAACCAAAGCGCCUUUCGCUGCCUCUGCUCCAUGUGGGGAGAGGUUUUGUGCAAGGAAAAAGAACAAGAGAAGGAGAGAGGCUUAAACGAUCUCCUGGGGAAGAGGUUGAAGUCCUUUAGCUUCCAGAUGUUUUUUUAAUAAUAAUCUGCUGUUUUAUUUUUCUUCCAACCGCUCAUCUGCCUUCCUUAUCUAACACUAAAUGACCUCUUGGUUUACAUCAAAAAUAAGAACCAGCCUUCUCCCUCCCUCUCUUGUUUUUAGUACCCGAAUUCUGACCUCAACCGAAGCAACUGAGCAAAAGUUUAAAAGAACUCGACUUGAGUCACAUGUUUGAUUUAUUUGCUAAACACUAUGAGAGAAAUGGAAAAAAAGUAGUGCAAGAGAAUUAAUUCCUUUGCAGUAAUAAUGCAUUUGUUUUAUAAUAUACAUAGUUUGUUGCAACUAGAUAAUUUUCUAA